CGUCUGUCGUCCCCACUAUCUCCUCCUGCCUCCUCUCCUCCCUCCCUUCUUCCCUUCUCUUCCCUUUUGUUUAUUUGUUUGCUUUUUCUUGCAUGAAUCGAACCAGGAGACUCCUGUUUUUUUGCUCCUCUUGGUUUUCUGAGGCCGCUGCUGCCUUCCUCUGUUGAUCUAAGAAAUAUCAACUGCGGUCUUCGUUCCUGAUUCUGUGAUCAACACUUAGUGCCAUAUGCGUGGAAUAGAUCAAAUUCCCAAAUAUUUGUGGAGUGAGAAGGGCCGAAGACUGAAGAAAAAGGUUUCCUGAAUCCCGUUCAAUAAUGAUCAGUCCGGAAGAUUCACUUUCAAGCUACACAAGUUGUGCUUCCAGCUUUGGAGAGCUUCCAGUGGAUCUGAUCUCUCGGUUCAGUCUAUCCCUUGGUGGUUGGUCUAGUAUGGAGGAUGGAGAAGCAGGUUCCCGGGAGUUUUCAGAUAGGGAGUUUUUUAAUGGUUCAAAUCGAGAGCACUCAAAAGACCAAUUAGAUGAAGGGCGUCUUAUAUGGGAGCAUUGUGAUGCUGGGUACUCCUCAACAGCUAUAGAUAAGCUAGACUCUGUGCCAAUUUCAAGGGGCAUGGAACGUGCAGAAGAUUGGAGUGAUGCAAAUUCUUCACACUGUCGAAAUCAUAAUCGUUCUUUUGCUGAAGAUCAAUCCGUAAGGUCUGAGGGGGAAUCUGAUGGGACUGAGAGCAGUAAUCGGGGAACCUACACAACUUUAAGUGUCAAUGGAGAGCUAGACCUUACUACAGCAUUUGAUUUUAAGAGUGAAGAUGAAUACAUUUGGUUUCCACCUGACCCUGAAGACCAGGAAGAUGAGAUUGGGAUUAGUGUGGAUAACGAUGAUGAUGAUGAUGAUAAUUACAGUGCUUCUGGUGGGAAAUGGGAUGAGAGUUGCUCUCUGAGCAGCCUUGGCAAGAAUGGUAAUUCUCAAAGAAUUAAAGAGGAAAGGCAGAAGGUGAUGGUGGAGGUGAUGAAUGGGCACUUCAGGGCACUUGUAGGCCAACUUCUUAUGUCUGAGGGUAUCCGGAAUGGCUGCGGCGGUGCGAGCUGGGUAGACAUAGUUACAUCUCUAUCAUGGGAGGCUGCAAUUCUGGUCAAACCAGAGGCAAAUGAAGGAAGAGAAAUGGAUCCCGGCUGCUAUGUGAAGGUAAAAUGCAUUGCGUCAGGCCUUCCAAGUCAAAGUGAGCUGAUCAAGGGCCUAGUUUUCAAGAAAAAUGCUGCACACAAGCGCAUGCCAAGUAAAGUCCAAAACCCUAAGUUGCUAUUGGUUCGUGGAGUGCUUGGGCAAGACGCCAAUGGGUUGUCAUCUUUGAGAUCACUGAAACAGGAGAAGGAUGGUCUUAAAUCAGUAACUGAGAUGAUAGAAUUAUGUCAUCCCAAUAUUGUGCUUGUGGAGAAGAAUGUUUCGCGGGAUGUGCAGGAGUCCCUUUUGGAAAAGGGAAUCACUCUGGUAUUGGACAUGAAACUUCCACGUCUAGAACGCAUUGCCCGCUGUACUGGUUCAAAGAUUUUUUCAUCUGCUGACAAAAACUUAGAUAUUAAACGUUGUGAUAUUUUCCACAUUGAGAAGAUUGUGGAAGAACAUGAAACUGAAGGUGAAGGUGGCAAACCGCCUAAAAAAACGUUGAUGUUCUUUGAGGGUUGCCCAAGACCAUUGGGCUGUACGAUUUUGUUGAAAGGAGCUAAUGGAAAUGAGCUGAAAAAAAUUAAAAAGGUGAUUCAGUAUGCUGUUUUUGCAGCAUACCAUUUAAUCUUAGAAACUUCAUUUCUUGUGGAUCAGCGGGCAAGUUUUCCUAGCAGUCGCUCUGCUUCAUCAGCACUUGAUUCACCAGAUACUGGUGGUGGGUCAUCGACCGACAUUGAUACCAAAACGAGUUUGCAGUUGUUAGAAAAUAGUUAUACUUCUCAAGGAUCUUUGCACAAAUCCCCCAAGGAUGGUGUGGUUCGUGGUAUUGAUUUGGGUUUACAAGGUAUCUCCCUUUCUGAUAUUCAGGCAUCUAUGCACGAAAAUGCAAUAAAAAUUGAAGACAAUAAUUGUGAAGAGUCCAUGGUUGAACCUUAUAUUCCACUGAUCCUUCCAAGACAGCUAUUCUCAUCAGUUUCUAUGUCUAUAAAGAAAGUUCUUAUGGAAGGCAUUCCUGUAGUUUCUCACCCUUCAUACCAAUCAAUUUCUGCAUACCUUGGGCUUAAAGAUAAGGAACCUGACACUUCAGUUGAUAUUGGUGCUCCAUUUUCUUUGUCUGAGAAAGUUGUUCUACAAGAAACUGAUGGAAGAGUUGAGGGCAAUGAAGAGAAGCUCGAUAAUGGAACUUAUGAGAAUGAAAAAUCUGAGUCAGAUUUGGUUCCCAUUGAUGUUACUUCUAAACAGAAUGAUAAUGCUUAUAGUGAUUCUGAGCUGCCCCAGAGACAUUUUGUUAAAUCUGCGCUGGAUCCUCAAAGCAUUUUAGUCUUGCGGUCUAGCUGUUGCAUCUCAAAAGGAACAACAUGUGAAAGGAGCUACCUUUCUCGCAUAAAGUACUAUGGGGAUUUUGACAAGUCUCUUGGAAGAUUUUUGCGCGAUAACCUUCUCAAUCAGGCACAUUCUUGUUCUAUAUGUGGUGAAGCCCCAUAUUCCCAUGUUUACUGGUAUACACAUCAGAAUGGGAGGCUAGAAGUUCGCGUUAAGCAACUUCCCCAGGAUCACCAAUUGCCUGGCAAGGAAGAAGGGAAGCUUUGGAUGUGGACUAGGUGUUUAAAGUGUGAGAGGAAGAACGAUAUCUCCAAACCAACAAACCGAGUGGUGAUGUCUGCUGCUGCUCAUGGUUUGUCAUUUGGGAAGUUCUUGGAGCUAAGCUUUGCUAACCGCUCUGUGACAGAUAGGCUAGCUAGCUGUGGCCAUUCCCUAAACAGGGAUUGUCUCCGUUUCUAUGGGUUGGGCUCCUUGGUCACAAUGUUCAGUUAUUCAUCUGUAGAAAUAUAUGGUGUACAAAUGCCCCUACCGAUGCUUGAUUUCUCUAAUCAAAAUGGAGAAGAAUGGUUUGAAAAUAAAGUUAAACAUGUUCAGGAAAAGGGAAACAUGCUAUUUGCAGAAGUCAAACGACUCUUGCAGGAAUUUGAAGUUGAACUUCUGGAUUCUGCUAAGGACAAGUUCCUUGAAUUUCCUGCUCCAUUGAGGGGCUUUACUGAUCUUGAGCAGAUGUUGGAGGAGGAGAUGUCUGAUUUUGAGAGAACUCUAAACAAAACUCGGACAUCAGGUCAGACUGUUCGGGAGAUGCUUCACUUGAAUCAUUUGGUGCGGGAAUUAUUGCUAGAAUUUUACAUUUGGGAUCAGCGGUUAAAGCAGUUAUCUUCAUGUUGUACAAAUAAAAAUGUCGAAAAAAUGGAGGAUCUUAAUCAUGCUAUUCCAACAGGAGAAGAAGGAAGUUGCGCUGGCAUCAAACCAGGUGAUGGUAACUCGUCUGUAAAUGGUUAUAUGCCUUGUGGCUCAAACUAUGUGCCAAAACAUUUAGACGGACUUGGAUUGGAAAAAGAGUUCCCUCAUGCAUGCUUUCAGGAUGAAAAUGGAGUAAGAGAUGCCCACAAUCUAUUGACUCCUGGUGAUGUACCAGUCCGAACUUUACAGACAGAAAGCCUUUUUGUGGGUCAUGACCACCCAAUUCUAGAUGCUCCUGCUAUAUGCAGAGGUGAAAGCUGUUUAGUUGAGAAAGAUUCUGCAGAACCAGUUUAUUGUGAUCCAAAGCAAGCCUUGGUGCAUGGGGAAUUUCAUGAUUCUAUCGAUGAGCAGCAGCUUGGUAGUCAUUCUAAUGGUUCUUCUGUUAUUCCAUUGAAUGUGGAAAUUCAUGAGGAAAAUUAUGUGCCUCUUCCUGACUGUUCAAAGAUGGACUUAGAUAUUCUUGUUUCUGAAGCACCAUUGACAUCCAUUUCCAAAGCCAUGGCAUCAGAUACUGAUGGCAUGCAGCAAAAGACUUCUAUGAAUUCACAGCUUACUUCUUCAGCUUCAGCACCUGAAAAAUUAUCCUCUAUUGUACCUUCAGAAAAUAAUUUGGAUUCUGACAACCUUGAUAAUGCUCAAGGGUGGGUUUGGCGUCCAUUUUCAGAAUCUUGUGCAGCAUUCAGGAAGGAUCUUCGGAGCGGCUAUUCACCUAAAUUUGACUUCAUCAGGCAUUAUAUUCCUUUCCACCUCUCCACCACUCAACAGUUGAUGGUGGAAGAAGCAACCAGAUUACACUUCCCAGUAGGUGACGAGGACAGUACCGUGUCUGUCUAUGAGGACGAGCUGACAAGCAUAAUUUCGUGUGCUUUAGCAUUCUUACAUGAUAAAUCUAAGUCAUUAAGAAAUGCACUUGACGAACCACAAAAGGUCACAGACAGAGAACAUGUUUAUAGUGACAUACAUAAUACUAUGUCUUUGAACGAUAAUGUGGUUCUGCGCUCUUGGUCCUCAUGGGGUUCUUUUGAUACAUCAGAGAGGCACUCAGAGGGUAAUGCUUCAUCUGAAGAACUUUCCACUUCUGGCUCUGAAAGUCAGUCUAUGAAUCCUUUGUUAUAUUCAAAGGAUCUGCACCCAGAGGUCAUUCUAGGGGACGGGAAUUCAGCUACAAAGGGGAAAUGUUCAGUAGUUUGUGUUUAUGCAGAGCAAUUUUAUGCACUUCGAAAGCGAUGCUGUCCUGCAGAGCUUGAUUACAUCUCCUCUCUUAGUCACUGUAGGAAGUGGGAUGCCAAAGGUGGAAAGAGUAAAGCUUUCUUUGCAAAAACGUUGGAUGAUAGAUUCAUAAUAAAGCAAGUGCAAAGAACAGAAUUUGAUUCAUUUUUAAAGUUUGGGCCAGAAUAUUUCAAAUAUAUUUCACAAUCCUUAAGCUCAAGGAGCCAAACCUGUCUUGCUAAGAUUCUUGGAAUAUAUCAGAUAAAUAUAAGGCAGCCAAAAGGAGGCAAAGAGUUGAAAAUGGAUGUGAUGGUUAUGGAAAAUCUCCUGUUUGGUCGAAAUAUUUGCCGUAAAUAUGACCUCAAAGGAGCUCUUCAUUCUCGAUAUACUUCAGAUGCAAAGGGAAUGGAGGGAACAGAAAAAGUCCUUCUAGAUCAGAAUUUAAUCGAGGAUAUGUGCACCUCUCCUUUAUUUGUAGGAAGAAAAACCAAGCAUCUUCUGCAACGUGCCAUUUGGAAUGAUACAGCUUUUCUCACUUCCAUCAAUGUCAUGGAUUACUCCUUGCUUGUGGGCGUGGACAGUGAACAUCAUGAACUUGUAUGUGGAAUAAUUGAUUAUAUGCGGCAGUACACAUGGGACAAGCAUCUGGAGACAUGGGUUAAGGCUUCUCUAGUUGUUCCCAGAAAUUCACUGCCUACAGUUAUUUCUCCCAAAGAGUACAAGAAAAGGUUUAGGAAGGCCAUGUGCACUUACUUUGUAACAGUCCCUGAUCCUUGGUGUGAGGAGCCAAUUGCAGGCUCUUGUGAUGAUGGCACUGAUGAUUCUUCUUAUUGAAAAUUGCCGAACAGGUCAAAGUCAAACUGUCAAAGUUCUUUUUGAGACUGAGGUUCAUGUUGUCAGUGCCAAAAGCUGGCUGUCUGGACAUGCUUAGGAGUUUCUUUGGCAACCACCAUUCUUUUGUUGAUCUUGGAGGCUUGUACAGAUAUGUUCUUUUAUAAAACUUUAAUGCAUCCCCAUGUAUCCGUGUUUUUUAUAAGGACAGUCAAGGGGAUGAUUCUAUUAGUCAUACUUUGAAUUAUUGGAUAAGUUGUUUUGCAAAGCAGUUGUAAAGAAUUGUUGUUAAAAUCAUGUGGAGCAUUUUUAAGCAAAAAUGAAUGUAGUCAUGAAAAUUUGUUGGAAA